AUGGACUCUUCCGCAAUUCAUAACAAAUGGAUUGAAGAUGCCAUUCGUAGUAGAUAUGUGACAGAGUUUGAUCACCAUUCGCUUAGAGAAAUAGAUAUUAUUUCAACAACGCCGUUAGCUGAUAUUAAGAAAGCUUAUCAAAUAGGAUUCGAUAGAAAUGUCGCCCUUAAAUAUUUAAGGGAAGAACAUUUUAAAACCGUAAGCGGAUAUCAUAAAAAUUUCUCGAGAGAGGUUCGGAAUUUGACAAGGUUAAAUGAAUUUAAUAACGAAAAUAUAGUUAGGUUUUUAGGAAUUAGCAAAGCUUAUUCAAAUUAUUUACAUAUUGCUAUUAGAUCCAUCUCUGAACUUCUAUUAUGUUGUACUUCAAAGUACGUACGAUCAAGAUAUUAA